AUGGCCGCCUUUCAGCAACUUCCCUCCGCCACGCUCCCGCCUCCUUCGACCACGCACCAGCUCACUCACCGCUUCUGCCUCAGGCUGCCAUUUCGUGGGCGCUUACAUCCUUUGUUCCCUGAGGGCUCAUCAAUCGCUUCACCGUCGCUGUCUGCACCCCUACGGGGGCGCCGAAAAUGGUCUCCUUCAGCACCCCGCCCGCGACACUCUGGCCAGUACCCAGCCGCCAUGGCUAUAAAUGUCCUCUCCCCAACUAUCCUUCGUCCAACGUUCUGUCCUCUUUUCGACUCAAGCACCACUCCAGAGCUCUCCCUCUUAUUGUCCCUCCUUCCUUCGCACGGUCGGCGCAAUUCCCUGGCCAUGCAUCGUCGGAGGCCCAAUGUCAGCAACCACGGAAUUACAAGCGAAUCCUCUUGUACCUCUCCCAUCGAUACCGACCAUGAUAGACCGUUCGAGCCCGACUCCUCUGAGACCGAUCUCACCGAGCCGGAGUGUUCCCCCCCAGCGACUCGAAAGAUUACUCGGAAGAAGCCAAAUCCAAGCACUGGAACACAACCGUCACAAGCAGACCCGUCGAAUGUGGAACGUGUCCACCAGGCCCGAUAUCAAGUCCCAGGUGAUGACACGGAUGAGGACCUGGCCCAGGUGCCGGAGGAUUACGGCCGAUCCAACAAAACAAAGAAGCUGAACCUUCGACUGAAAGAGCGUUGGGCUUGGUUCUGCCAAAUCAAAGCAAUGGAGCCGUCCGCCGAUCGAAAGUGGGGUGAUGCGGAGGAUGCACUGCGUGAGGCGUCUCCAAAUGACAUGCAUCGAUUUCUGAAUUGGUGUCUGAAGCUGGAAUACAAUCCCGAUGGUCGCCGUCUGAAAGGCUAUGGGAAGGCCAGCUCCCUUGAUGCGGAUUGGAAGUACUUUCGAAUUUACUACAUACGGGUUACUAAACAUGAGAUGAGCAAAGAGAUGGGCGAGGCAGUUCGCACGGUUUGUUUCUUGAGCCCCCUAUCGUCUCCCAAGGCUUGCUCUGAUGAAAAUGGACAGGGCAUGAGAUACUUGGUUGAUAAACGCGGCCUUGACAAACAACCGCGGGCAAAUGUCCCAGUAUACAUCGAAGAUAUGAUCCCAUUCAACGAGACAAUCCUUCAAACCCGGGAAAAGCGAUUCUACUUGGGGUUUCAGCGGAUUAUUCUGUGUCUAUACAACACUAUUGGGCUAUUUACCAUCAACCGGAAACAGGCAAUACUUGAUCUUCAGUUCAAGCAUCUACAAUUAUCGCUCCAGCAGGAUCCGCACGGAGGACCUCCAGUGCCGAUGAUAGAACUCGAGCCCCAGUUUGUGAAAAGCGUCCUGGGCAUGUCGAAGCUCAACACGUUCGCGCUACCUGAAAUCGUCUACGGCGUAUCACUUGUCUUCAGCCCGCAUGUCCUGCUCUUCAGUAUAUUAUUUUACGUCCAUGCGUUUGAAGCGCCUCACUUGACCUCGAUGGAAGACCUCCGGAGACUGCUUGUUGAGGGUGGCCGACAGGAAAUGCCACUCCCCUUGAAAAAAGAGAUGGAUAAUUACUAUGUCUUCCCGAAGGUCGAUGUGAUCUGUGGUCAGCCCCGUAUUUUGUGGGAGACGCCCAUGAAUGGAAGCACACUCGACGCACAGCUCAGGACAUUCAGUGAGAUACACGGCUUCCUUAAUCAUUUUUUCUCUCACCAAUUCCGAUACGGAGGAGGUGAUUUACUUGACAAAAGUGGUUUCGUCAGUGAAGCACAACGCAAUGUGAUCAUGGCCCACGCCACUAGCAGAACGUUUAUUAAACACUAUCGUCCCCGUCGACAUACUGGCUUACAGGAGAUCAUGUGCGGCCUCAAUCCUGAUGAAGAGUUCUCAAAGGCUGUGACCCGGAUGAGCCGUUGGAUUGAUCGGCGGCGACCACGAUACCUGAGUGACGCUGACCGGACAUUAGUGGAGAAGGACCCGGAACUGCAAUCGGCCAUGCGCUGGCAAUUUGAGUUGGAGACUCAGUGCGGCGACCGCUCUCAUGACCCAGCGUUGCGAGCGAUGCUGGAGGACCAGAAGCGUCAAGUCCACAAUCUGCGUCGGCGUCUGCAGGACAAACGGCGAAAGGAGAUGCGCCGUGAUUUCAGUCGGAAACAGGCGGUGAUUGACAUUGAAAGACAGCUGACCGGUGGAGCUGUCAGUGACGAGCCCGCGCGAGAGGUAUUACGGAAGGAGUUUGCAAUGCCAUCGGAGCAGAUUCUUCUCGUGGAGACGUUCUUUACUUGGCCCACCACCGAUUCAUUGGAAGAUGAGUGGACACGGCGUAACAAAGCUGUUGCUGCUGGAAUACAAUAUUGCGGCUUUCAGGAGGGUGGGCCCCUUCGGGGACGACCGAAGCGCUCUGCUCCGUCUGACAAUAACGUUGUAGUUCCAUCUCCACCAGCUCGAAAGAAAAAGGCUGAUGCGCAGCCGACUGCGUCGUGGGAGAAGGAACGUACCUCUGGCAGGAAACAUAUCCCGAAUGCAGAGCAAACAUUCGCAUGCUUCCAAUGCCCCAAGACAUACUCUGACUAUAAUGGAGUGAAGAGGCAUUUCAGAACAUCACAUUUGAUGGACCGGAAAUGUAAUUUUUGCGAUCUGUCCGUCUUGCACGAGAUGCACUUGCGGAGGCAUGCUGAGGGUGUCCAUGGCCUUCGAACAUGA